UGUUUAUGCCAUUUGGCCACCGGUGACAUGCUUAGAGCUGUUGUUGCUGCCAAAACUCGUUUUGGAAUCAAGGCCAAGGAAGCCAUGGACAAGGGUGAACUUGUUUCUGAUGACUUAGUUAUUGGGAUCAUUGAUGAAGCAAUGAAGAAACCCUCUUGCCAAAAAGGGUUCAUUCUUGAUGGGUUUCCCAGGACAGUGGUUCAAGCAGAAAAGCUAGAUGGAAUGCUUCAGAAGCAGGGUGCCAAAGUGGACAAAGUAUUGAAUUUCACAAUUGAUGAUGCUAUUCUGGAAGAUAGGAUUACUGGUCGAUGGAUUCACCCUUCAAGUGGAAGAACUUACCACCCAAAGUUUGCGCCUUUUUGGAGUUGAUGAUGUCACUGGAGAACCUCUAAUUCAAUGCAAAGAUGAUACUGUUGCUGUUCUCAAGUCCAGGCUCGAGGCUUUUCACCGCCAAACAGAUCCGGUUAUAGAUUAUUAUUCAAAGAAGGGUGUUGUUGCUAGCUUGCAUGCUGAAAAACAACCAAAGGAUGUUACAGCAGAAGUUCAGAAAGUUUUAUCCUCCUAGAGAAGAAGCUCA